CAAGCCCUGCAGGCCAUGCAUGACUCCUCUGAGAGCAGAGAGAUCCAGAAGACAGGAAACAGCUUGAGAGAAGCCCAGCAGUCAAGGCUGUGGGAGGGCAGAGGAUAGGGUGUGGAAAACGGGGGAUUUCCUCAGAUGGUGCUUUGAAUUUUAUCAAGAGUUUGGGCUCCUUAUCUGUUAGUUUAUGAUGUGCAUGAUUAAUUUAAGGGUCACUUUUAGGUAUAUCUGUACUCAGAUCAUUUGAACCAAUCAGAUCUAUCCAGUCUGAAGGACUUUUCAAAGUUCUCAGCAUCAUGUCUGCCUGACUUUGUAUGGAAAUUUCUACAGGUUCCCUUCAGAUUACGCGUCCCUCUUGUUUAGUAUGCGUCUCUUAUUGGCUGCACAGUCAUUAGUCUUUCAUUAGCGCAAAUUAACCGCUGAGUUAAUCAUCAGAAGGCUCACUGUUUCUUUAAAGUCGUGCAGAGGGGAGCCCACGGUAAGGAAAGGAGGGGGCUGCUGUGCGCCAGUUGGAGGUGUCCGCCUGUCGCAGCGCCUUGGGGUUGACAUUAAGAAGAAGAGCGCGUCCAUGCUUCAUCUGGGAGGAUCAUCUCCAAGCGAGAAAAGGUGCUCAUCGGUCCGAGGAUACAUGGAUGGACAGAGAAACGCUGCAAUCGGGAUUAAGUUGUCAGCCGGUGAGAGGAAUAUCUGGAUAUAAUGGGGAAUACAGCGCCUAAACCCUUAAUAGAUGCUACUCUGCAUCCCCGCCCGGUGUCCAGCAGGCAGUACUACUCUUUGCCCAACAGCGGGUCAGGUGUGGAGAGAAGAACGUCUGUCCCUCCGGUCAACAUAAACUUGGAGUCGCUGCGCUUUAAUCCUCAUGCCAGGGGGAAAAACAUCAGGCUGGAUGGGCAGCUUCGGAGGGCCACUCGCAAGAACAGCUUCUGCAAUGGCAUCACGUUCAGCCAUCGCCCUGUGCACCUUUAUGAAAAGGUCCGUCUGCGUCUUUCUGGCGUACACACUGGCUGGAGUGGAGCUCUGCGCUUUGGUUUCACUAGUCUGGAUCCAAGUGAGCUGGAGGCCUCUGACAUCCCUAAGUACGCUUGCCCAGACUUGGUGACGCGGCCCGGCUACUGGGCAAAGGCCCUGCCUGAGAGGCUCGCCCUAAAGGACAACGUGCUGUCGUUCUGGGCGGACCGCCAUGGGAGGGUUUUCUACAGCAUCAAUGAUGGAGAGCCCAUCCUCUUCCACUGUGGACUCAGCAUUGGCUGUCCUCUCUGGGCAAUCAUUGACAUCUACGGCAUCACUCAGGAGGUCACACUGCUGGACAGCACAUUUGCAGAGAGCGUGGGGUCUAGCUGCCUGAGUGCGGCCCGUCUGAGUGCCUAUCUGCCCCAGAGCAGCCACGACUCGGCCAAUUACAACAACAAUCAGCUGGAGAACAACCAGGCGGCCGCUGCUAAGAUGGCCAACCUCCAGCUAAACAGCUACUCUCAGCUCAUCCCCUGCUGCUCGUCCACCUCCACCUCGUCCUCAACCGUCUCCACUGCCUUCCCAAGGGGGGUCCGGGGCCUCCCCUCCCUGCUAGACAAUGACUUGCACUUUCACCUCAUCCGUGGAUCUGAUGUGAUUCUAUCGGCAGACCGCUUGGCUGCAUGUAUUCACUUCUUGGACAGCAGUCGGACUCUGGUGUUCAGUGACCGGCCGCUGCACUUGGGGGAAACUUUGUAUGUAGAGGUGGGCCACCUGGGCCUGCCUUACUUUGGGGCAAUGUCGUUUGGUUUAACAUCCUGUGACCCAGCUUGUCUGCACUCUGCAGACCUGCCAGCCGACCCUGAGGUCCUUCUGGACCGGAAGGAGUAUUGGGUGUUGCAUCGGGGAUUCCCUAUGCCCUGCUCUGGAGACGUUCUUAGCUUCAGUCUACUGCCCAGUGGAGAGGUGCACCAUGGGGUGAACGGAGUUAGCCGGGGCCGACUUCUCUGUGUGGACUCCUCUCAAGUCCUGUGGGCCUUUUUCACCCUGCAUGGGGCUGUAAACAGACUCCGGAUACUCGGAACACUGCAGUCCAGUCCUCCCUGCACAUCCCCCACAACUUCUCAGAGCAGCAGCCCAGAUGACAGUGACUCAGACCUGGCUUUCAGCGUCAACAGAUCCUCCUCUGCCUCAGAAUCCUCUCUGGUGACUGCUCCCAGCUCGCCUCUCAGCCCCCCCACUUCUCCCUCCCUGGCUGCCUCUGAGCUGCCCCCUGCUGGGAAAAAUGGAGAAUGCACCAUUUGCUUCGACCAGGAGGUGGACACCGUCAUCUACACAUGCGGACACAUGUGCCUGUGCAACGACUGCGGACAAAAGCUGAAGAGACAAAUCAACGCAUGCUGCCCGAUAUGCAGAAGGCCUAUUAAGGAUGUCAUCAAAACGUAUCGGCCGUGAUGACGGCUGUCGUGUAACCAGAUGCUGUGUGUCACUACCAGCAGGUUCACUCCUCUCAGGCUUUGCGGGACAACAAUCCUGACUUUAAAUCAGAAACUGACUAAACCAGAACAUCACUGUGCCUCUUAGAUGUCCCGGUUCACGUUUCUAAAUGCAUUCUGGACUCAGAACUAAGAUGGACUUCAUCUUGAUAACUAAAACUGAUGUCUGAGCAGCUUUACUUUAGCAAAGACAUGAUGAAUCAUGUGCUCCAUUUCAGAUUUCUCAUCAUCUUACCUGUAUUUGUUGAAGCAGUAAGGCCUGUUGUGAAUAUUUUGUCCUUCUCGUUGUCAUUCUGGUUAUUUAGUCCUUUGCAAAAAAAAAAAAAAAUCUUUUCACAUUUUGUCAUUUUGCUUCGAGCUUAAAUUAUUUUGUAUGGA